AUGAACGAGACCGUCUUGGUCGCUGCCAACGUCCUUUACGCUGUCACUGCCGUCGAGGAAGUCCGAUGUGAGGGUGGGCAAGAUCUUCGCACCGCGCCGACAUCCCCGUCCAUGAGUUCCCCCAAUAACCCACUCGGCUACGGGUUCUUGUGGUCUUCCCUCGGCGUCUUAUUCCUACACUAUUCUACACUAGGGGGCUUCCACAACUCAUUAGAGUGUUCGUCUACGCAGGCUGCCUUAAGGACCUCCCAACAGGUGCUGUUGAGUUCACUGCCCCAGCACAAGCUCUACAUGGAGAAGAAGGACGGCCUCGCACCCACGAAGUCCAAGACCCUUGACCCCAGCAUGCUGGAGCCAUGA